GCUUCAGAGGAGGGCGGGGCGUGGUUCCAGCGGGGCUUUAGAGGUUCCGGGACGCUCUACGUGGAAGUAGACAUGGCGUGCGGCUUCCGCAGGUCCAUUGCUUGUCAGCUUUCCAGAGUAUUGGAUCUUCCACCAGAAAACUUGAUCAAAUCAAUAUCUGCAGUUCCAAUUUCCAGAAAAGAAGGAGUAGCUGAUUUUCAGCUUUCUGUGGAUUCUCUGUUGGGGAACAAUGAGAAUUCAGGACCAAGACCAGAUAUUCAAGUUCAAGCCACACAACUGGCAGAGAAGCUAAAAUGUGAUACAGUGGUGACUGAAAUCAGCACUGGUCAAGGGACUGUAAAUUUCAAAAUAAACAGAGAACUGUUAACAAAGACAGUGCUAAAACAAGUUAUCGAAGAUGGUUCAAAAUAUGGAUUAAAAAGUGAGCUUUUCUCUGGUCUUCCCCAGAAGAAGAUCGUGGUUGAAUUCAGUUCACCUAACGUUGCCAAAAAAUUUCACGUUGGGCAUUUGCGUUCUACCAUCAUAGGAAAUUUCAUAGCAAAUCUCAAAGAAGCUUUAGGACAUCAUGUAACCAGAAUAAAUUACCUUGGAGAUUGGGGUAUGCAGUUUGGUCUUCUGGGAACUGGCUUCCAACUGUUUGGCUAUGAAGAAAAGCUCCAGUCCAAUCCUUUGCAGCAUCUCUUUGAAGUUUAUGUACAAGUUAAUAAAGAAGCAGCGGAAGACAAAAGUGUAGCCAAAUCAGCACAUGAAUUCUUCCAGCGAUUGGAAUUAGGUGACAUGCAAGCACUUGCACUAUGGCAAAAAUUUCGGAACUUGAGCGUAGAAGAGUACAUUCGGAUUUACAAGCGUCUAGGAGUACAUUUUGAUGAAUACUCAGGAGAAUCAUUUUAUCGUGAAAAAUCUCAAGAAGUCUUAAAGUUGCUGGACAGUAAAGGACUCCUGCAGAAAACAAUGAAAGGAACGGCUGUAGUGGAUCUUUCUGGGAAUGGUGACCCCUCCUCAAUUUGUACUGUGAUGCGUAGUGAUGGGACAUCUCUCUAUGCAACGAGAGAUCUUGCAGCUGCUAUAGAUCGAAUGGACAAGUAUAAUUUUGAUUCAAUGAUUUAUGUGACAGAUAAAGGACAAAAAAAGCAUUUUCAGCAAGUGUUCCAAAUGCUGCAGAUCAUGGGAUAUGACUGGGCAAAAAGGUGUCAACAUGUGCCCUUCGGAGUGGUGCAGGGAAUGAAGACUCGAAGAGGAGAUGUUACUUUUCUGGAAGAUGUCUUAAAUGAGAUUCGAUUGAGGAUGCUACAGAACAUGGCUUCUAUUAAGACCACCAAAGAACUGGAGAACCCACAGGAGACGGCAGAGAGGGUCGGGCUGGCAGCACUCAUUAUUCAGGACUUCAGAGGUUUACUCUCAGCUGACUAUCAGUUCAGCUGGGAUCGUGUGUUCCAGAGUCGUGGGGACACAGGUGUCUUCCUGCAGUACACGCACGCCCGCCUCCACAGUUUGGAAGAGGCUUUUGGAUGUGGUUAUCUGAAUGAUUUCAACACUGCUUGUUUACAAGAACCACAGUCUGUUUCAAUUCUCCAGCAUCUGCUCAGGUUUGACGAAGUGCUUUAUAAAUCAUCUCAGGACCUUCAACCCAGGCACAUUGUCAGCUACCUUCUAACUCUAAGUCACCUUGCAGCUGUGGCACACAGAACACUGCCCAUAAAACAGAGUCCUCCUGAAGCGGCUGGGGCCAGACUUCAUCUUUUCAAAGCUGUCCGUUCUGUCCUAGCCAAUGGAAUGAAACUUCUUGGAAUAACACCUGUAACUUACUACAUGAACUCGGGAACUGGAUACAUUGAAUAACAAGAAAUUACUUUUCCCAUUUACUUCACGUAUCUGCAUAUUGGUAAAGUAUGUCUUAUGUGAUUGGCUGAUGAGUAUGGCUGCCCUCAUCUGCCAGCAUUUCCAUUUGGGACUGCUAUAAUUUAUUGUAGAUGUUGCUUCCAGAAGUCUUCUCUAGUGUAUCAGUGACUAUCUAAUAAUUUUACAAACCAGAGGGGGAAAUUAGCAUGAACCAAGCUUCUCUAGUUGAAUGAAUAUAGUUUUAUAUUAGCAAGUAUGAUAUGCCAUCUUUAGUCAUAGUUUAUAACUAUUAUUCGCAACCAAAGAACACUAAUACAAUUUCAACAUAGAGAAGAUUUUAAAUGCAAUGUAUGGGGUUAAAAGCUUGUCUUUAUAUUACCUUAAUGGUAUAUCUAUAAUACAAAAAGUGAUCAAACAGAUUUUAUAUACAGUUUAUUGCUGAUUUCCCUAUUAAUAUAAAAACAUUUUUUUAAAAACAAUUCCAUAAAUUAUUGAGAGCCCCACAGCUAAACAUAUUUUAUUAAAAAAGUACAAAAGUGACAUUAGAAAUAUUUUUUGGAGAAAAGGACAUCAUCUAACAGCAAAGAAAUAUGAAUCCAUACAAUAAGUGGCACAGAUACAGCACUUACAGGAGUAUUUAGUCACUACCCAGAAGUCACAGUCUUGAGUUAUGAAAUACUCAGUUUGAGAAGUUCCACAUUCAGUUUGUUUUUGACUAGUAUGUCUUAUUUUUGUCUCUCUUGUAAGAAAAGAGUUAGGUCUUUACUGCUCCUGGAACAAAUUACUGUACUUGAGAACAGUAAUUUGGGGAACAAGGAGGGGGCAUCCUUCUCCCUGAACAAGACAACAGUUAGUAUAGAAAUGGCUUUGGCACUUUGACGUUUAACAUUGUCCCAAACCUUAUUAUUUGAAUAUUAUAGCCUCACAUGAUUUUUUUAACCGUACUAUCUCCAUACUUUUAUAUACAUUAUACAUA